AUGGCUCUCAAAUACAUCAUUAAAAAUGCGACCGUGCUCUCCAUUGACGAGAGCAUAGGAAACGUCGCUGACUGCGACGUUCUGAUUGAGCAUGGUUUUAUCAAAGCCGUGGGCCCAAAUUUGGAGCAUUCUGAUCACAUCGUCAUCGACGGGACGGAUGCUAUUGUGUCCCCAGGCUUCAUCGACACUCACCGUCACACGUGGCAAACCCAGCUCAGGACUAUCUGCACCGACUUUGUCCUCUCUGACUAUUUGCUCAACGUGCGACACAUCUACGGAUCCUGUUACUCAGCCGAGGAUGCCUAUCUGGGGAACUACUGCGGAGCUCUCGAAUCCAUCGACAAUGGCAUCACUUAUCUCAUUGACCACUCACAUAUCAUGAACAGCCCCGCUCACGCGGAUGCAGCUAUCAAAGGGCUGCGCGACGCAAAGAUCAGAGGAACCUUUUGUUAUGGUUUCUACCCAAAUCCAGCCUGGGCGGGUUCCAACGUAGAUGCUGAAAGGGAAAAGGAUGUUGAGUGGCGGUUGAAAGACGCUGCACGGGUUCGUCAAGAGCACUUUCCCGUCAACGGACCCGAUGAGCUUCUACGAUUCGGAGUCGCGCCGUCUGAGGCAGAGGCAAUUCCUUUCCAACAGCUUCUGCACGAGUUCGAGGCGGCAAGAUCCAUCGGCGCUGCCAUAAUCACAGCGCACAUCGCCCUGGGCAAGUUUGACAGUGGCCACAUGACAACUAAGAGGUUUGGGGAGUUGGAUCUAUUGGGCUCGGACAUACUGUGGAGUCACGCCAAUUCUCUUACCGACGAGGAGCUGCAGCUUGUCAAGAAGUACGACUUGGGUCUUUCUGCGACUCCAGAGAUCGAGAUGCAGAUGGGCGUUGGCUAUCCUAUCGCAUACAAGGCCAAACAGCGCGGUGUUAGAGUCGGGCUCGGCGUCGAUAUCACUUCCAACUGUCCCGGUGACAUGUUUCAACAGAUGCGACUUGUUCUCCAGGCCCAACGAUACGAGGAGCAAAAAAAGUCCCCUUUCCCGCUUCCUAUGGCACGACCGUGUGCUGAAGUUCUUGAGAUGGCGACUAUUGGAGGCGCCCGAGCUGUCGGCCUAGAAAAGCUGAUUGGAAGCAUCACUCCAGGCAAACGGGCGGACCUCAUCAUGACCAAGUGCGACUCUACUAGGCUUACCCCAGUUCAUGACCCUGUGGCUGCCUUGGUUAACUAUGCAAAUGGUUCCGACAUCGAUACGGUCAUGGUGAAUGGAGAAAUCCUCAAGUCUGGUGGCAAGUUGGUAAACGUGGAAUGGCCAAAGAUUCGCGCAGAAAUACGCAAAUCAGCGGCGAAAAUCAUGAAUAUGUCGAAGCUGGCCCCAGAGGAGGAAGUGGAAGAAGCACGUAAUGCCAUGAUGAGGGCAAUGCAGUAA